AGAAUGAGGCCGCCUAUAUAUAUCCUUCCUUGUAUCAAAGAAAAAGAUCAAGAUCACAGCUUUACUUUUAAGUGAACCUUUGCAAAGAUCAUUUCGCAGCUUCUGUCCAAGCCUAAAAGACUCUCUCUCUCUCUCUCUCUCUCUCUCUCUCUCACUUUGAUAUCUCCAUGGGCUCAAGUGUACCCCUACAGCCCCCAACUUAUGGAAAUGUAAUCACCGUUCUCAGCAUUGAUGGCGGUGGAAUAAGAGGGCUUAUCCCGGGAACUAUCCUAUCCUUCUUAGAAUCUGAAUUUCAGAAGCUGGACGGUGAAGAUGCAAGAAUAGCAGAUUAUUUUGAUGUGAUUGCUGGAACAAGCACCGGCGGCCUUGUAACUGCCAUGUUAACUGCUCCGAAUGAAAAUAACCGACCUGUGUUUGCCGCCAAGGAUAUCAAGGAGUUCUACCUAAACCACUGCCCUAAAAUCUUCCCACAAAGCAGCUUUCCAAUACUUCCUAUGGCUACAAAGAUUUACAGAGCCCUUGCCGGACCAAAGUAUGACGGGAAGUAUCUACACAGCCUUGUAAGAGAAAAACUCGGAAACACAAGAAUUCAACAGACAUUGACUAAUGUUGUCAUCCCAACAUUUGAUCUCAAGAGACUACAGCCAACCAUUUUUUCUAGCUACGAGGUGAAGAAAAACCCCAGCUUAAAUGCACACCUCUCAGAUAUAUGCAUUGCAACCUCCGCUGCACCAACUUAUCUUCCAGCUUAUUACUUUGAAACCAAAGACCAGGAAGAGAAAGUGAGAGAAUUUCACCUUACAGAUGGCGGAGUUGCAGCCAAUAAUCCGGCCUUGCUUGCCAUUGGAGAAGUGACAAAGGAGAUCCUAAGAGGAAAUCCUGAUUUCUUUCCUAUAAAACCAACGGAUUAUGGACGGUUUCUGGUGAUAUCAUUAGGAACUGGCUCACCCAAAGACGAAGAGAAAUACCAGGCGCAUGAUGCAGCUAAGUGGGGCAUACUGGGUUGGUUAAUUAAUGGUGAUUCCACCCCCUUAAUUGAUGUAUUUUCUCAAGCAAGUGCAGAUAUGGUCGACGUCCAUCUCUCUCAGGUUUUCCAAGCCCUUCAUUGUGAGAAAAGCUAUCUGAGAAUUCAGGACGACACAUUAAGUGGGCUAGUAUCUUCAGUGGACGUGGCCACAUCGAAGAACUUGGACGAUCUUGUGAAAGUUGGAGAAGAACUACUCAGAAAACCAGUUGCUAGGGUGAAUCUGGAGACAGGAAUCUUUGAAGCUUCAAACAGUGAAACUAAUGAACAGGCUCUCAGAAGGUUUGCAAAACUUCUUUCCCAAGAGAGGCACCUCCGCCAUGCUAAAUCUCCGGCUGGAAAAGCUGCAAGUCAUUUGCAUUAAUUGGAUCCUCCUGCUUUCUCCUGCAUGCAUGCGCGCGCGCGCGGUUUAAGAUCAUGAUCUUGAUCUUGAUCAACCGUUUCAGAGUGCCCAACGUGCUUACCAAACCAGUACAAGUGGAGCAUUUAUUUUUGUUCUUAUGAAUACCCCAACACGUACGCUAUCUAACAGCAGCUUAGCUUUGGAGACUUUUGGAACAUCUUGAUUUACUGUCGUUUUACCAAUGUCUCGCUCCAAUAAUUGUUCCUCUGGGGGCUUUUAUUUCUCUUUAGUCAUUGGCUUUUCUUUUGGUCAUUUUAUCUUUAAUUAUUGAAUCGUUUGUUUCAA